CAAAGGACAUAUAGAAUUCUGGAAAUAUUUCGCAAUAACGAUUCCAAGUCAAAAUAAUUGAAAAAAAAUCACGAAAAUGUCUAAAUUUAAAAUUAUUUUAUUGAUAAUAAUAAUCUUUUUUGGUACUGUUGGCAAUAUCAUUUCUAUGAUUGUAUGGAGAUACGGUAAAAGAAGUUGUACAGCAAGCUGUCGCAGAUAUAUGUGGAGUUUAGCUCUCAACGACUUGGUGUUAUUGAUGGUGCUUGGAUCAGAAUACGCGUUGUACGAGUCCAACAUUGACGUACAAAGAACCAGUUUUAUAGUAUGUAAACUCUUGCUAUUCUUAGGCCUAUUUUUGCCACAGCUGACUGCUUGGAUAACAGUCGCAAUUGCAUUUGAACGGACGUUAUGUGUAUGUUUUCCUAUUCGGGUGAACAAGAUCAAUGUUGAAAAACGGUCUUAUUUGACAUUAUGCCUUAUCGUUCUUUUUUCGUUCGCACUGAACUGUUUUGAACUAUUUUGUCCUGAAACAUUGUGUACACAAAUACUUCAAGAUAACAGUACCGAAGCUUUCGAACUAUCAAAUUCAUAUAAUUACAUGGUUUUGAUUUCAUAUGGAUUAUUUACAUUUCUAAUUCCUCUCGUACUUUUAUCAACGAGUAACUGUAUAACGUGGAUAAAGGUAUUUAAACGCAAAGGGAGAGCGUUUCAAAACGCGACGAAUCAAAGACAUAUUAAAAACAUAACAAAAGUUGUCAUAAGUGUAAGUUUGUUACAUUGUAUUUCAACCAUGCCAUACGCUUUCUAUUUAAGUAUAAGUGAAGAAAUGUAUAAUGAACUAUCCGAUAUUGCAGUAUACUUAAUGCUUACAAGUUACUUUCUAAACAGUGGGUUCAAUUGUAUCGUGUAUUGCAUAUUUGGCAAGUUCUUUAGAACAGAUUUGAAAGAGUUAUUAACAGGUCUUUUAGGGGGUCGCACAGGUUUAAGCUCCACCGUUCGAGACCGAAAUACCACUCAUGCGAUAGUUACUAUUUGUGAUACAGUUGGAGAACACAGGGAACAAAAUUCUGAUAAUGUAAAUGAAAUAAACGUUAACCAGAGAUCGAUCUGUACAAAUGCAGUCAUAGAGGGUAUAUUAAGUGAUUUGGAUGAAAAUGGAAAGUGUGAGAUAGAACUACGAGACUUAGAAGUUUAUGUAAAUGACCGGCAAGAACAGACCUACAGUUACAAUUUCUGAACAGCAUAUAGAUUUAGUAAAGUUCUGACAAAAAGUGUGUUUUUACUCUAUUACGAAAGUAAAAGAUCAUAAAACCGAAAAUGUACACUGUGAUUUAUAAGUACGCUGUUGAAAACGGUACUGGAUUCCGACAAUUUUCACUGGACAAAAAUCUAACAAUUUUACAAUGGAAACAUGCAACUUUUUGCAAUAUAAAGCUCGGUUCACGAACUUUUUGUUUUCUCAACCUUUCUGAAUAUAGCGAUACAUGGAGCACGAAAAGUACUAUCCGGUAGGGGGUUGGAAAUUCAAGUAACAUUCCAAGUGUUUGACUGUUAUAUAUUUUUAGCAUAUUUCUGACAGUAGAAUAUUAAAAUAAUUUUACAAAAUUUUAUUUUUUUAAUUCAUCUAUUGAUAUUGUUGAAUUUGUUGCCCGAUUGUUGUACAGUCCAUCAGCAAUUAAUCAAAAUAAUAUUGUCGCCGUGGUAUGUAAAGAUAAAUGUUGAUAAAUGUUGAUUGUAUUAUAGAAAAUAAAGACAUUUAUUUAUCAUCUAAAUAGACUAAAACAUAUUAAGUAAACAUGGAAAUAGAAAUUAAAGUAUCCAACUUUAUCGUUUUUCUCAAUAAAACAUAGAGAAUAUAAUUGUACAAUUAAUUAAAAAAAAAUAUUGUAUUACAUUGCGUUCCGUCUGCAUUAUUCCCUGCGGUCUGGAGACCGCAGGGUAUUGGUACGCGUUUAACUUUUGAGGCAUGGAGGAGCACGUGACCUGUUUUCGGUACAUGGAGGAGCAUGUGAUCUGUAAACCGUACAUGAUUGGUUAAAUGACCUUUUCGAACACCUGGCUAAAUACCGUUUGCCGGUAUGUUACGGAUUCACCUCUAGGGAAUAAGUCAGAAUUACACCUAAUUGGUCUCAACCCGGUACGGAAUUAGACCGAACCCAUUGUAGAAAGUAGUUCUUUAAAAUUUUGAAAUGGCCCAAUUUAAGUCAUCUCUAGUUAGAUUGGUCAUAAUUAAAGUGUAUUUGUUGCAUGUGUGUAGUUUUUGUGUGUUAUAUGAUGACUUUAAAAGUUGUUUUUUGUGUAUUCUCCAGGAACUCAUUUGUUGGUGGAAGGAUUAAAGAUGUACUACCCACCAGCUGUCAGGAGUUUUUAAAGUGGUGAAUUUAAACAGUGUUACAACAGAAUGAAGAUUUCUGAAAAAAGUAGAUGGCUAACCUAUUAUAUUUUGGGCCUCAUUGGACUAAGAUAGUGUUAAUGUUUAAAGUUGAAGACAGUAUAUAAUGCAUCAAGAACAGUCGAAUCCAGAAUUAAGCCUCAAAUUUGACUGAUUUACUAUAGAACAAAUAGUACGAAAAUUCACCGGACCGAGUCCAAUUAAGAACAAAAAACUAUUACGUGAUAUUUUUAAUUUUCUAUAAUUAUUUAACCGUUUAAGGUGGAAAAACUUGAUGUGUUUGAAAAUUAUCAAUGUUUCUUUAAUAUGUAUCUCAAAAUGUUACAAACAAUAAAUUGUUUAUACUGAAAAUCUACAAAAUUAAAAUAUUCGUAGUGGCAUCUGCCAUAAUAAAUAGAGAUAUUUUCUGCGUAAACUUGUGUGUUUACUUUAUUUUAUUUUUUUUGCUCGGAAAUAUUCAUAAAAUGGUAGGCCUAUUUAAUCAUUUUCUUAAAAAGAAAUAAUUGUUUUAUGUUCUACCUUCUCCGGUCAUCAACGGUCACCAGUUUCCAAAGACCUUCUUCUAUAUUGAUCGAUUAUUGUCAACUAUAUUCCUGAUACAAACGUUUAUUUACCCCCACCCCAAACAAUGUUGAAAAUAGUUAAAUGAAAUAUCUUUAUAUCAUUAAAAAUGUUCCCCGCAGGAAAC